UCCAGGUAUUGUAUCUCACCAUCCAACCGCUUAGCAAACAUGGUCCGUGUCUCCGUCCUCAACGAUGCUUUGAACAACAUCAACAACGCCGAGAAGCGUGGAAAGCGUCAGGUUCUUAUCCGUCCUUCCUCCAAGGUCAUCGUCAAGUUCCUUUCUGUCAUGCAGAAGCACGGUUACAUUGGCGAGUUCGAGGAGAUCGAUGACCACCGUUCUGGCAAGAUCGUUGUCCAACUUAUUGGUCGCAUCAACAAGUGCGGUGUUAUCUCCCCCCGUUUCAACAUCAAGCUUACCGAUCUCGAAAAGUGGACCUCCAACUUGCUUCCUUCCCGUCAAUUCGGUUACGUCGUCUUGACUACCUCUGCUGGUAUCAUGGACCAUGAGGAAGCUCGCCGCAAGCACACUGGUGGCAAGAUCCUUGGUAUGUUCUACUAAACUAUUAGUAGUUACAAAAAGUGCCAUUAUGGUACAAAAAUAAAAGCAUCAUGGAAUCCAUCAUGAAAAAGUCUGUUUUAGAGCACCUCUGGCAUUGAAUGGGCAAAAAAUAAUUUCAUAUGAACGGUUGGAAGUAAAGGGGAGAAUUAUUAUUAUUUUUACAGUCGUAAUAUAAAAAAGAAAAAAUUUACAUAGUC